AUGGGCGACCAUAACCUGAUGGAGAAGGUGACGGCGCUGAGCGAGCAGCUGAAGAUCACCGGGACGGAGGUCGGCAAGAAGAUGACGGCCGGCAUGAGCUCCAUGAGCUUCAAGAUGAGGGAGCUCUUCCUGGGGCAGACUCCGGCCGACAAGGUCGUCGAGGACGCCACCUCCGAGAGCCUGGAGGGGCCCGACUGGGCCAUGAACCUGGAGAUCUGCGACCUCAUCAACGCCGGGAAGGUGAACAGCGUGGAUCUGGUCCGCGGGGUCAAGAAGCGGCUCGUGCUCAAGGAUGCGAGGGUUCAGUUCCUCACCCUGUCCCUUCUCGAGACCGUCACCAAGAACUGCGAGAAGGUGUUCUCCGAGGUCGCCGCCGAGAGGGUUCUUGAUGAGAUGGUCAGGCUGGUGGAUGAUCCACUGACCGUGGUGAAUAACAGGAACAAGGCACUUAUGCUGAUUGAGGCUUGGGGAGAGUCCGGCGAGGAGCUCCGCUACCUGCCGGUCUAUGAGGAGACAUACAAGAGCCUGAAAUCAAGAGGAGUGCGGUUUCCUGGACGCGACAAUGGGAGCUUGACCCCCAUAUUUACUCCACCACGCUCAGUUGCUGAAGCUGAAGCUGGUGCAAACUUUACCCAACAGACCUUUGAAGAUGUGCAUAUGCAUAUAUAUACUGCCGAAGAAACAAAGGAAGCUUUUGAUGUUGCGCGUAACAGCAUAGAGCUUCUUUCAACUGUUCUUUCUUCUUCCCCUCAGCAGGAUGCUUUGCAGGAUGACUUGACGAACACCCUUGUGCAACAAUGCUACCAAUCCCAACACACCAUCCAGAGAUUCGUCGAGACGGCCGGGGACAACGAGGCCAUGCUCUUCGAGGCCCUGAUCGUGAACGACGAGAUCCAGAAGGUGCUAUCCAGAUACGAAGAGAUGAAGAAACCCGUGGCACCAGCGCACGCGGAGCAAGAGCCGUUGGCCAUACCGAUCGCCGCAGAAGCGGAACACGAGGAUGCCACCGCCGUCGGCAGCGAAGAGGCCCUGGUCAGAAAACCGGCCGGUGCUCGAGCAAAGCCGGAUGGAGACGACGGUAUGCUCGAUGACCUCGACGAGAUGAUAUUCGGCAAGAAGGGAGGGGACAGCAGCUCCUCCCAGGAGGAUGCGGAUGGGGCCCAAAAGCAGGACACGAAGAAAGAUGACCUGAUUAACCUCUGA